UUUAAAAUUAACUAAUUAUAUAAAAAUGCGAAUUUAGAAGUAUUCAUUGAAAUUCGUUUACAAAUAUGCUAUAUAAUAUACAAAUGUAUAUAUUAUUUUAUACAAAAAUGCAAACUCUCUGCCCGCAAACUAGUUGACAAAACCAAAAAAAAGCAGCUCUAACAACGUUUCACUUUGGCAAAUUACACAAUUUGACAGUUCCGCCUACAAAUACGGCAGUCAACAAGGCUAAUCAGAUCGCAUCUACAAAACGAGGAUUUUAAUAUUGCUUUUAAAUACAACACGAACAUUUAACCCAACGAAACAAAUAACUUACCGUCAAUCUCCAAAAUUUUAGUCCAAAAAUGAAGAUAGUCAGAUCCAGUUUCAGAAAAAGAUCCAUUUUUCACCUUUCGAACAGCCCCUUGAACUUACCAAGUGACACGCUGAGAAUCAAGGUCCUCUUAAGAACACGGUGCAAUUUUUCAUCUAACUUGCCUCGCAACGCCGUCGUUGGCAAGAGGCAGCAAAAGCGCCUCUUUCUGAAACAUCUGGCCGUCUUUCACUGUUUUUCUACCAUAUUUGUAAGGUUUAUUCUUCAAUGAACUAAUUCUAUGUGUUGAUACCACCCUUCGUACAGCACAAAUUCUGUCUGUUUUCUCUUUUCAGGAACCAGCAGGUGAAUGUUUGCAAUGGAUAAUUAAUAUUUAUAUGCUCGGUUCAUUUCAUGUCUUGCAUGUCAUGCCUUGUUCCUUCAUGAAAACAAAUCAAGCCAUUUGCAUGUGUUUCGAAAACAUUUGUCAAAAUUUGAAAAGAUUUGUUUUGCACCUUGGUUGACACCAAAAGUCAGAUGACAUUGAGAGCAAAGUUCACACCCUUUUUGCAUAAAAUUACCAGCGCCUAAAUCAACCCAGUCAGUUCAUGUUGGUUUCCACUGAAGUAAGGUACAUGCAUAUAGAGUUAUAGACUGAAGACAAAGCAAUGUUGAGAAUCGCUCUGGUCGGGAUCCUACUGCAGCUUCUUCUGCAAACUGAUGGUGCAGAAGCACUUUGCUGUGAUGAUAUCAGAUCUAACAUCGAAAAUCGUACCCUCGCUUACAACAUAUUGUGUUCCAAAGGCGAGGAACACCUUGGUAAUUGUUGUCGGGUAAUAGAAGAAGAUCUUCGCAAACAUAAACUGGCUUAUCAAACGCUGUGUCCAAAACCUGGCAGGAAUUUAGCAAUAUUUAAAAGCUGUGCUGAACUCUAUAGUUCUGGGAUAAGAAAAGAUGGUGUUUAUACCAUUGAUCCCGAUGGCCAGGGAUCUUUCAACGUUAGUUGUGAUAUGAGCACAAGCAGGGGUGGCUGGACCGUGUUUCAAAGAAGACAAGAUGGAAGUGAAGAUUUCUUCCUUGGAUGGUCAGACUAUAAAGCAGGCUUUGGUGAUCUUAACGGCGAGUUCUGGUUGGGACUUGAUAAAAUACAUCGUUUGUCCAAAUCUGGGCAAAAUGUUCUAAGAGUUGAUUUGAUGGAUUUCAAUGGCGCUGAGGCUUACGCUGAAUAUGGAACGUUUAGUGUGGCUGAUGAAUCAGACAAAUACAGAUUGAAUAUUGGCAGUUAUUCAGGUGACGCAAGUGAUUCUCUGGCUUGGCACAAUCAAAUGCAGUUCACUACCAAGGAUAGCGACAAUGAUGCUGAUGGUAGUAAUUGUGCUACGACCUGGAAAGGAGCUUGGUGGUACAAAAACUGUCAUAGUUGCAACCUCAAUGGCCUGUACUUGGGUGCAGGUCAGAUCGACGCUACCGGAAUAACCUGGUACUAUUGGAAAAGUUCGUCGUAUUCAAUGAAAAAGUCGGAGAUGAAAAUUCGUCCAAACCAGAUUUAAAAUAUUCCUGCACAAGUGCUAGAAUUCAACAAUAUACACUUAGUUCAUAUGGUUCCGUAUAAUUACUUUUUGACCAGAUUAAAACUCAAUCAUUGUUACUAUUACUGGUAUGAUAAAAAUUCUUUUUUGAAAUCAUAAUAAAUAUAUUUCUGAUUGGUUAUCA